AUGUCUGACCUCGGCCGCCGUGACUUUAAGGACAAGAUCGCCGCCAAGCUUAAGCCUGAGAGCCAGAAGACCUUCACCGAGAGCGCAGGCGACAAGGCUGCCGGCAAGAUGGACGCCGCCGCGAGCCGAAUGCAGCCGCAGCACCACAAGAGCCUCACGCAGAAGAUCGGGGACGCGUUCACUAGGGACAACUCGAACCGCCGUGCGGUCUAA